GUCUGCCGCCCUUUCGCUUCGUCGUCAUCACGAGGCUCCUUCACCUCAUCCCCGGCCAUGAUCAUAGCUUAGCUCCGCCACGCCCCGAGCACUGCUUGCUACCUAGGUUACCUCUCGCAUCUGUCAACCUCACCUCCUCCAUCAUCAACAACAACCCAAACCCAUCCUCAUCACACACUUGGGUUGAUCACCACCACCAACUCCUAUCCGCAUUCCCAUCAACACUUUGAUAGUGUGCUACUAAACAUACUUCGCAACCAUGAAGGGUGCAUUGAUUACCGCAGCAACGCUGCUGGGUUCUGCGAGCGCCGGUAUCCACAAGAUGCCGUUGAAGAAGGUUUCUCUAACAGAGCAACUUGCCACUGCCAACAUCGAUACUCAUGUCAGGCAUCUCGGUCAGAAGUAUAUGGGUGUGAGACCACAGAACCAUGCCGAGGAGAUGUUCAAAUCGUCGUCAGUUCAGACGGAGGGUAACCUCCACCCAGUUCCGGUCUCCAACUUCUUGAACGCUCAAUGUACGUUACACCCUACUAUCAAGCUCCUCAGCUCAACGCUAACCACGGCAUAGACUUCUCCGAGAUCACCAUCGGUACACCACCACAAACUUUCAAGGUCGUUCUCGACACUGGUAGCUCCAACUUGUGGGUUCCAUCUUCCGAAUGUGGUUCAAUUGCUUGUUAUCUACACACCAAGUACGAUUCAUCCUCAUCAUCUACAUACAAGAAGAACGGAACCGAGUUCGAGAUCCGAUAUGGAUCAGGUAGCUUGAGUGGUUUUGUCUCCGAGGAUGUGAUGACUAUCGGAGAUCUCAAGGUCAAGAGCCAACUCUUUGCUGAGGCAACAAACGAGCCAGGUCUUGCUUUCGCAUUCGGCCGUUUCGAUGGUAUCCUUGGUCUUGGAUUUGAUACCAUCUCCGUCAACAAGAUUGUUCCUCCAUUUUACAACAUGGUCGAGCAAGGUCUGUUGGAUGAGCCAGUCUUUGCCUUCUACCUCGGUGAUGCCAACUCUGAGGGUGAUGAGUCCGAGGCUGUUUUCGGUGGUGUCAACAAGGACCACUACACUGGAAAGAUCACCGAAAUUCCAUUGAGACGUAAGGCUUACUGGGAGGUUGAUCUCGAUGCCAUCACUUUUGGUGAUUCCACCGCCGAGUUGGAUAACACUGGUGUCAUACUUGACACCGGAACUUCCCUCAUCGCUCUCCCAUCCACUCUUGCUGAGCUCUUGAACAAGGAGAUUGGUGCCAAGAAGGGAUACAACGGACAAUACUCCAUUGAGUGUGAAAAGCGUUCCAGUCUUCCAGACAUGGCUUUCACUCUUAGCGGAUACAACUUUAGCAUCACUCCUUAUGACUACAUUCUUGAGAUUCAAGGUUCUUGUAUCUCUAGCUUUAUGGGAAUGGUAAGAUGGCAUUUCUCCCUAUUUAUCAAAUAAUUAUGCUAAUAUUAUUUAGGACUUCCCUGAGCCAGUCGGACCUUUGGCCAUUCUUGGUGAUGCAUUCCUUAGAAAAUGGUACUCCGUCUAUGAUCUCGGUAAGGGAACAGUCGGUCUUGCUGCCUCCAAAGCAUAAGGUAUCCCGCGAGGGGAUGUGUUGAUGAAUACAAAUUGGGUACGGAUAGCAUUGGCAUUACACUAGGAGAACAAGACACUUUUUUCUUUUCUGUCCUUUUCUUUUUUUCCUUUUUUACUCUUUAUUCUACUACUUCAGAUUGACAGAUAUGGGGUCUGGGGAUGGUUGAGGGGUGAGAUGAAACUUGUAAUCAAAUCUUCCCUUUUUACCUACUCUCUUUUUUUUUCCUUUUGUUUUUUGUGUGUGUAUUGUCUCGCGUUGGAAAUUGAAAUUGAUGAUCGAAUAUUGAGGUUUGAGAUUGAAAGUUCGUGAAAGUGACAAGGAGGGUUUUUGAUUAUAUCACGCUUGGUAUUUGUUGGUGUUUCGUGAACCUUGAAUGCUAGUGUAUAGUUACGUGGUGAGUGAAGUGAAGUGCGUGUGAUGUGAAGUGCGUGUGAAGUAAAUGUGAAGUGCCUGUGAAGUAAUAAAUGUGAAGUGUGAAGUGUGUAGAGCAACUUAGUGAAUUGAGGUGGAAAAUGAGGCAAGGAAAGACGUGGGGAAAGUGAGGAAAGUGGGUGUUUUGUUUACUGGUACUUUGUGGGAUUCUUUUUACUCGUUUGGGGGUUUUUUUUUGAAGCGGUGGGGUAGUGUAUUUGGAAUUUUUUGGGUUGGGGAUGAAGAUGAGGAUGAAGAUAGAGAUUAAGAUGGGGAAUAUAUGUAUAUAGAUGUUUGUGUAAAUCUACUGAGGGUUGGGAGUUGGGAGUUGUGAUUUCGUGAUUUGUGGUUUGUGGAGGAUGGGAGGGGUGAGGAAGGGUGAGGGUUGGGGUUUGUAGGGAGGGGGUUUGUGGGGAGUGAGAGUUAGGGAGUGAGUGAAAGGUGGGGUUGUGGGAAGAAGGGAGGGGGAGUGAGAUAGGAGGAGGGGGGUAAUAUUAUAGUUGAAUUCCUAUCUUAGAGAACGGUAACAUACUUGAGCAGUAACCCCGAAGGAAGGAGUACUAGGAGUAGGCGAAAUAUUUUGUUUUUAUAUUUACUAAGCUUUCGUAAGCGAACCUAUAAUAUUUGAUUAUUUGAAUAUUAUAUUAAGAAAAACUCGGGUAUUUAGUACGUGUUUUAUAUAAGAUUAGAUAAAGAUAGUAAAAUAGGGUUUUUAUUUAUAUACUAAGGAAAAGUCUUCGAUAAGUAUUAUAUUUUAAAUCUAGGUAUUACUAGAUUAGAUAAAUUAUAACUAAAUCGUAAAGCCGGAAAUAUAUUAUAUUUACUACUACUACUACUACUACUACUACUACUACUACUACUACUACUACUACUACUACUACUAUUAUACCUCUACCUUAUACGGUUAUACUACUACUCCCGUUUAAGCUUAAGCUUUAUAGCCUUGAAAUUUCACGUGUAUACUCGCGACCCUUACUAUCGCCUAUACUUACUAUCGUAUAGCUGCUAUACUCUAGCACAAAUCUUGUAGUAGGGUGAGAAUAUGUAAAAAUUACGUUUAUAUACAUAUAUAAAAUGUGUUUCUAAUGAGUUAUAUCAUCGGAUUUGUAAGGUGUUAUAGGCUUAAAUGGUUAUCCAGAGAUAUUAGGGGGAGUGAGAAUCAGUGAUCCUGUUGCAAUGUAUAUAUUAAGAUGUCGAGCCAGUGUGUGUUUUCAAUGGCAAAUGGGAUUAAAGACAACGGUAUGUGAAAAGGUUUUUAUUGAGAUAUGAAGUAUAUGUGUAUUGUGAGAUGGGGUAUGAUGUGAUAAUGUGGAUGCCUGCCUAAUCCAGAAAAAGAAAAA